CACCUUCCUGUGACUUCCGGUGCGGGCGCGCUGCAGGGUUGACGCCGGCGGCCCGCCGGGCGGCGGAGCGCGAUGCCGUAUGCCAACCAGCCCACCGUGCGGAUCACGGAGCUCACCGACGAGAAUGUCAAGUUCAUCAUCGAGAAUACGGACCUAGCGGUGGCCAAUUCUAUCCGGAGGGUCUUCAUCGCCGAGGUGCCCAUAAUAGCCAUUGACUGGGUUCAGAUUGACGCCAAUUCCUCAGUCCUUCACGACGAGUUCAUCGCUCACAGGCUUGGGUUAAUCCCCCUCACCAGCGAUGACAUUGUGGACAAGCUGCAGUACUCACGGGACUGCACGUGCGAGGAGUUCUGCCCCGAGUGCUCGGUGGAGUUCACUCUCGACGUGCGGUGCAACGAAGACCAGACUCGUCACGUCACGUCUCGAGACCUCAUCUCCAACAGCCCCCGGGUCAUUCCAGUGACAUCCCGGAACCGAGAUAACGACCCCAAUGACUACGUGGACCAGGACGACAUCCUCAUCGUCAAGCUGCGAAAGGGCCAGGAGCUGAGACUCCGCGCCUACGCCAAGAAGGGCUUUGGCAAGGAACAUGCCAAGUGGAACCCGACUGCAGGGGUGGCUUUUGAAUAUGACCCCGACAAUGCCCUGAGGCACACGGUGUACCCCAAGCCGGAGGAGUGGCCAAAGAGCGAGUACUCAGAGCUGGAUGAAGAUGAGUCCCAGGCUCCGUACGACCCCAACGGCAAGCCGGAGAGGUUUUACUACAACGUGGAGUCCUGUGGCUCUCUGCGCCCUGAAACCAUCGUCCUCUCAGCCCUCUCCGGGUUGAAGAAGAAGCUGAGUGAUUUGCAGACCCAGCUGAGCCAUGAGAUCCAGAGUGACGUCCUCACCAUAAAUUAGCCGCAGCUCAUCCGCCUGAGCGGAAAAGGAUCCGAGCAGCAGCUGUGUCAGGUCUCCUGAGACCCUCCUCGCCCCUGAAGUCCCGACAGCUGUACUUAACUUCUGGGCAAGCCAUCAGCACCAACUGGAGGUAGCAGAGGGGAAGGUGCCCCUCCCAGCCUUGCUUGGUCCCAGGUCGAUUACGGGGGUGCCCCUGGUAUUUGAGGCAGGACAGUCCUUCACUGAGCAUGCAGCAUCCUGGCCCUGCCUGCUGAUGGCGAGUCUCCCCAGGACCCAGACCUCCCUCCCCCUGGUCUGCUUGUAGAGGUUGUACUGCUUCCCUGUUGAAAACCACUGCGUUAGACCCUCCUCUUUUGGUCAUUUCAGCUCUUGACUUACUUUCUGUGUGAAAAUUAGCAUUUCACAGUUGUACCUUAGGUUUCCGCUGUUAGGAUUGAGUGUUCGAAGUCUCAUUCAGGCUGCCUGCAAACCCAGCCCCUCCCUGCCCAUGGUCAGCCUACACUUCGCUCAGAUUCCCAAGUGUCUUUAGACCCUGGCUGCUCCUCCCCACCCCCACGCACCCCACCCCUAAAUAAACCCUGUAUUUUAUUCUCUACCCAUCAGUUAUGACUUCACUGCCAAUGAUCUGCUUAAUUAGUUUGGGGUGUGGAGGGAAGGGGAGGGGAGAGGGUCGGGUGGGAAAGGGCCUUAAUGAAGGUCUGGCCUUGACCCUUAGUCCUGUUGGGAGGAACAUACGCAAAGCAGUUAAUUAGGCAGCCUGGCGGGAGGCAUGGGAGAAAACCGGAGAUACAGUGCAGAAAGGAAGGGAUAUUUAUUAACAGUAGAGUUUUUAUUUUUGGCAAUAAAGAGCACAACAUAAUCUCCUUCAUGCGUCAUCGUGCUGCUCGCUGAGCCAGCAGCUCCCCCCUCCAAGGCCUCAGCGGGCUCUCCUGCAGGCCUAUGCCUCUGGUGGUCGCUCCCUGCUCCGUUCAGAGCUGAGCUGGCUGUGGCCACCCCCUUGGCUCCAGGGCUCUGCUGGAGGGGCCUCCUGCCACGACUUGAACAGUGGUUAUUUACAUCAGGGUAACAAGGUCUGUUCCCACAAAGCAGAACCCGAAGUAUUUUUU